GCACAAUUUCCUUUAAGACUAAUGUUGUUUUUCCUUGUUUGAACCUUUUCAAUUUUUGGGGGAAAUGAAGUGAAGAGACCUCUGGACAAUCAUGCGCAAUUUGGAGUCCUAUGUCUCGACUCUGUGAUUCUUCGGUUGGUAGGUUAUAGUUUCAGUAUUGUUCUUGCAGAAGCAAUGCUCGACGAUAAAAAUCCUGCCAUCACCGACGAAGAAAGAGCUCGAAUCUCCCACAAUUUCAGAGCUGCAAAAGCUCUACUUGCUCGUAAACGCCCUCGCCUUUUUCACUCCCAUCAGCCCAUUUCUCCGUGUUCUUACAACAACCAUUCAGCUAAACCACUUCCUCACAGAGUCGCGGAUUUUAAUUCAAAUGAACUUACAGUUCGUGAUAAUGGUGCAAAGAGGGUUCCAUUGGCAGAGAUUUCGGUAAACACUCCGUUGUCGAAGUCAUUUGCAAUUGCAAUUGACACUAGUUCAAAUUGGUUGGGGUUAGAAUGUCUCGAGACUCCUGUAAAAACUCCAUCAUGUUCUGGUACAAGAGAUUCUUUCUCAGCUCCAAGUAUUCUAGAUGAUGAUUUUGAUGAGUCCGCUUUGGAGGAAAUUGAUGCUCUGUGCGAGCAGAACUCAUCUGCGAGAUCAGUAAGGCAAGCUUCAGAUUCCAGCUUCCAUGCGACAAUUCAGGAUCAUGGUAGUUAUAGUGGUGAUCUUAGUGUAGAUUUGCAAUCUGUAAUUGGUAGCGGGAGUAUAGAAGCCAAAGACUUAUCAUGUUCUUUGGAUGCCUCGGAAUCAAGAGCAGAGUUGAUCAAUUCUGACCCUGCAAUGAAGAAGAUCGGGACCAUGCCAGAAGAGUAUUCAAAGUAUCUGUUUUCUCUUAAUGACAGACAACGAGAAGCAGCUUGUGGUGAUAUCUCAGUCCCCUUAAUGAUUCUCGCUGGUCCGGGAAGUGGAAAGACUUCCACAAUGGUUGGUCGAGUUCUGAUGUUGCUUAAUGAGGGUGUAAGCCCAUCGAAUAUUUUGGCAAUGACUUUCACGACUGCAGCUGCUUCUGAAAUGAGAGAUCGUGUUGGUGCAGUGGCCGGGAAGAAAAUGGCAAAAGAACUUGUGAUUAGCACAUUUCAUUCAUUUUCAUUGCAACUUUGUCGUCUACAUGCUGAAAAGUUAGAUCGCACUUCGGAUUUUUCGAUAUAUGGACAUGGGCAGCAAAGGAGGGCAAUCAUUGAGGCUGUGCGUCUAUUGGAAAAUGAAAAAAAUAAACAAAAAUUGGACUCCAACAUCCUUGGUGAUGCUUUUAAGGAUGUUACCCCGAUGCAGUUUAAGGAUAAGUCAAAGAAAUGGCAAACAUUUGUCCCUAAGGCUAAAGCUUGUGGAACAACUUCUGCAGAACUACUUACAAAGGGUGAUGAGGCAGGAGCUACAGUUCUUGACAACUACAAUGAUAUCUUGAAAUCUUGUAAUGCUCUGGACUACCAUGACUUAAUAAGCUGUUCCUUGAAGCUGCUUACUGAUUUUCCUGAAGUAUACAAGGAGUGUCAGGAUUCAUGGAAAGCCAUUAUUGUUGAUGAGUUUCAAGAUACAAGUUCCAUGCAGUACAACCUUCUUCGGAUUCUUGCAUCCCAUCAGCAGAUAACUAUAGUUGGUGAUGAUGAUCAGUCCAUAUUCAGUUUUAAUGGAGCCGAUAUCUCUGGAUUUGACUCUUUUCGUAAAGACUUCCCAACCUAUAAAGAGAUCAGACUCAAUAAAAACUAUCGAUCCACAGGCUGUAUUAUUGAUGCUGCAUCUUCUCUGAUACGAAAUAAUAAAAAAAGAUGCCCACUUAAAGAUGUACUAACUGAUAAUUUAACUGGAUCUAAGAUUACAAUUAAAGAAUGCAAUAAUGAGGAUGCUCAAUGUGCAUUUGUUAUUGACAAGAUCAUGGAAAGCACUUCAAAUUGUUCAGCUUCCAAAGGCUUUGGGAGCUUUGCAGUUCUUUACCGGAGGCAGAUAUCAGGAAAAAUCUUUCAAACAGCUUUCCGUGAAAGAAAAAUACCAUUUAAUGUUCAUGGUGUGGCCUUCUACCGAAAAAAGGUAGUCAAAACCAUCAUGGCUCUACUUAAAACAACAUUUCCUGAUUGUGAUGAUGGUGCUUAUCAUCAAGCUUUCAAGGCUUUAAUUCCUUUUGAGAAAGAGGAAAAGAAGAGGAUAAUUAAUCACAUUGACAAAAUUUCAACGGUAAGAAAAUGUAGAUUUAUUGAUGCUGCCAGGGACAUCUUCAGUUCCAAGAUUUCGGGCACCUUAAAGAGGAGCCAACUUAACCAAGGGCGUAAGGUGCUAUCAACACUAGAGAUGAUAUCGAGACUUGUUCUAAGGGAACAAUCAAUUUCAACAGUCAUAACCUCUGUGUCUAACAUGUUACCUGAGAAGUAUCUUCUGGAGCAACAGGCAGUUAUUAAUGUUGAUGGGGGAAAAUUGCUGAACGAAGACAAUGAUAUCAGAUCUGUCCUUCAGUAUUUAUUGGAUGAUGUCUCCAACUUUUUGUCAAGUCAAUCUACUGUGGAAGAAGGGCAGAGAGAAAUUGUAGAAAGUGAGCCAGGUUGUCAUAGUGCUCUAAAAGCUUUUAUCGACCAUAUAUCUGAGAGAGAAAAAGCAAAUUUCUGCACUCGUCGUCUUGACAAUAAAAAUUCUGUCACUUUGACUACCAUCCACCAGUCAAAAGGCUUGGAGUGGGAUGUUGUGUUCAUAAUUAAGGCCAAUGAAUCAGAGAUUCCUCUCUUACAUGAAUCUAGGGGCAUUACAAUGGAAAAUGGAAACUCAAUUGAGGAAGAACGACGUUUAUUAUAUGUUGCAAUGACUCGUGCUCGGCAGAAACUUCAUAUAUUGUAUGUCUUGAUGGACUCUGAUUGGCAGAUACUCCAACCUUCAAGAUUUCUCAAAGAAAUUCCAGAUCAUGUCCGAGAGAUACAGGCUGAAGUUAGUAUCCAGCACUUGCAAAAGAAGCACCAUGAUGCUCUAGAGCAGAAUACACACAUGUAUCUUGAAAAACCUAUAUCAGCUCAUUCAGAUGUGGCAUUAAAUGAUCCUGCUAACAAGAAAAUCGACAUUAGAGACUUUGAAGAACCAAUAGAGAUUUCUAAUGGGAAUAAUUUCCUAAAAAGAUUUAAUGUGGAUAACAGAGCAGUCAUUUCCCAUUUAUUUCAUCAAUGGGCCAAGAAGAAGGCGUUUCAAGAUCCUAAGAGGUUAAUUGAUAAGGUUGGCUUUGUAAUUGAGGAACGGCUGAGAGAGAAGAAAUGCAAAACCAAGGAAGCCUUGCGUUCACUGAAGUCAUCAUUGACUAGUGAUGAAGCACUUCAGUAUGCUGAAUAUGUUUUGAGAUGGGAACAGAUUCCUGCUGACAAGCGUGCCCUUUUAAUGCAGGAAAAGCAGGAGCAUUUCCAGAAAUUAAGAAUUGAAAAUGCGAUGGGCUCCUCAGCACCUACAGCAAAACAGAUUUCUUAUUUGCGCAAUUUGGGAUGUACUAUUACUCCAACAUCACGUCUCCAUGCUUCGUCGUUGAUCGAGCAAUACAAAUCACUAUAACUACUUGCAAGAAAUAUGCCACAGAUCGCAGGGCUUUGAUGGUAGUUUGUAAAUUUCGACCAUAGUGGAGCCAGAAGGGUGGCUAUUAGAUUUUGCAUUUUUUUUUUAAAUUUAUCUUUAGGCUAAUUGUUUGUUUUAUGCGAUGUAACUAUUAUAAUUUAACAAACAUUUGAAUAUUUGAACUUACUAUUUUACAUUUUUUACUUUUAUAUUUUAAAAUAUCUGAUAGAUAAUUAGUUCAUUGGAGGGAAUUUUUUGGCAUU